AUGACAUUGAAAAAAUCAGUUAACUAUGAAGACUGCCAUCGUUUUAUUGUCUAUUUUCGCCUUGGCUACCGCCAAGCUACUUGCGGUUCUACUUCCUACGCAAAGAGCGGCACCAUCGAAUCUCCCAGCUACCCAAGCAACUAUCCUAGGAGAACUGACUGUACCUCUACCGUUGUUGCUUCGAGUGAUGAAGUUGUUACCGUUACCUUCAGCGAGUUUGAUGUUGAAUCUGCUACCAACUGCAAAUAUGAUUACGUUUCUCUUUAUGAUGGUAAUACCCUUAGGCACACCUACUGCGGUAAAGGUAGCGUUCCUACCUUCACUACUUCCCCUGGUUCUAACUUCGUGUUAACUUUCCACACUGAUGGAUCUGUACAGAAGAAGGGAUUCGCUCUUAGCUUCACCGUUACUAAAGUUGCUGCUCCUACUGGUAGCACUACUGGCACUGUCAGCACUGGUACUUAUAACCCAGGCACCUGUGGUAAAACAGCAUAUAAACUAUCCCUGACCGACCGUAUCGUUGGUGGUGCAGAAUGUAGCCCAAAACAUGCCCUUCCAUGGCAAGUAUCUCUCCAAACCAACACUGGCUUCCAUUUCUGUGGUGGUUCCAUCAUCAGUGAUAGAUAUGUUGUUACUGCUGCUCACUGCGUUGAUGGACAAACUCCAACCUCCUGGAGAAUUGUUCUUGGUGCUCACAACAUCGGAAGCAAUGAACCUAGCCAAUUUGUUGCCACUGUCAAGAGAGCUAAAAUGCAUCCUAGCUACGACACCAGUACCCUCAGCAAUGACAUUGCUAUCAUAGAAUUAAACGAAAAAAUCACUUUCACUAAUGAAAUUUCCCCGGUCUGUGUAUCCAAAACUAGAAUUGCUGAUAAUGCAGACGUCAUAGUCUCUGGCUGGGGUACUUUAACAGCUGGUGGCGCCUCGCCUGAUACCUUGCAAAGAGUAAUCGUUCCUACGAUCUCUCGCUCUGAGUGUAGCUCUACAGUCUAUGGCACAGGUUACAUUGAUAGCACCAUGUUGUGCGCUGGUCUUAUGUCUGGUGGCAAAGAUUCCUGCCAAGGUGACAGUGGUGGCCCACUUGUUCACGAUCGAUCUGGUACCUACUACUUGGAAGGUGUUGUCAGCUGGGGCUAUGGUUGCGCCGAUCCUAACCGUCCAGGUGUUUAUGCUCGUGUUUCCAGCUUGUACAGCUUCUUGGAAACAGAAACCGGUCUGACCUUCUAA